GGAUCGGAAGGAAGGAAGUGACAGGAAGUGCAUCGGACCUUCAAAGCUCACCUUCGAUUUGUUGUUGGAAGCCGGAGUUCGAGGGCCUAGUCUAGGUGGGUCGGAAAGUGGCCCUGUCGUCCGCCCCUCUUCGCUAAGUCGAACCAAGCGAUUCCUGCACCUUCGGCCGGCCAAUUCAUUCUGCAUUCUUCUCUCAUGCAGAAAUGACACGAAAACACCAAGUAUUAUCCUCACCUUGAAGAAAUUGAUUUGGAUUAAAACGAAUUGAAGAAUGGGCAAAAUAAAAGAGAUGCUGAAAUCGUUGCUGGUCGUCAGUUUUUUCGCCGGAAUCAUCGGCUUCAACAGCCCGUUUAUGGACGAGCUCCGGAGGAUCUACGAACGACAGGGUCUCCCGUUCAGGGAAGAGCGUUUCCUCGAGAAUCAGCCGAUCCUUCAAGAAUACGAUUUCAUUGUCGUCGGAUCAGGACCUGCCGGAUCAGCAGUCACGCGGAGGUUGACGGAGAUUCCGGAGUGGAAGGUUCUCCUCCUGGAGGCGGGCAUCGAAGGAACGGUAUACAACGACCUACCGUCCGUUAGUCCUUUUUUCAUCCUGACCAACUACAGCUGGGGCUAUAAAGCCGAGCAUCAGAACAAGGUUUGUCUCGGCCUGGAAGACGGACUCUGUCUCUGGCCUUCGGGAAAAGGCGUAGGCGGCGGAACGAUCAUGAACGGGAUGAUCAUGACCAGAGGGCACCCGACUGACUACGACAGAUGGGGCCAGGAGGGCUGGUCGUACAAAGAUGUUCUUCCUUAUUUCUUGAGAUCUGAACGGAUGACCAUUCCCAGUCUCAGAAAUUCAUCUUUCCACUCUACCGAAGGGCCUAUCAACAUCGAAUACCCAUUCCCGUCUUCCCUGAUCAAUCGUUUCCUCAAAGCCGGAAAAGAGUUCGGCUAUAGGAUCGUCGAUUAUAACAACGGAAGGACGCCAGAAGGGUUUUCCAAAACGCAGACCAGCAUAAGAAAGGGAAGAAGGCACAGUGCAGCUACAGCUUACUUGUUUCCGAUCAAAUCCGCCCCGAAUUUUCACAUUGCAAAAAAGGCUUUAGUCACAAGGGUUUUAAUCGAUCCGAAAACCAAUAGGGCUCACGGUGUUGUCUUUAUUAAAAAUGGUAUCGAAAGGGUAGUUUUCGCCCGCAAAGAGAUAAUACUCUCCGCUGGGGCUUUCAACACACCUCAACUUUUGAUGUUGUCCGGAAUCGGACCGAGGGACCACCUCAAGGAGUUAAAUAUCCCUUUAAUAAAAGACCUCCCGGUAGGUGACAAUCUACAAGAACAUUUGACGACAAUAGGAGCGUCGUUUUUAAUAAAUACAACAGACAGUUACACACUAAGGAAAAUGAUUUUUAACUCUUUACCUUAUUUCUACAAAUGGUACAAUUACGGAACGAGUCCUUACGCGAAUAACGGAGCAGAAGGUCUGGCUUAUAUAAGGACAAAUCCUAACCUGUCGAAACCGGAUGUUGAAUUUAUAUUCAUGCCUAUAACAAUCGCUUCGGACGACGGGAUCAUCUUGAGGAGAACGAUGGGGAUCACGGACGAGACUUACUAUCCACCGUUUUCGAAGAUAGGAUACGCCGAAGGAUUUUCGAUUUGGCCGAUGGGCAUGUACCCAGAGAGCCGGGGGAAGGUGAGACUGAGGAGCGUUGACCCACGGGACCCGCCGAUACUUUUCGCCAAUUUUCUUACUCACCCGGCCGACAGCAAGGUCAUUGUCGAAGGGAUCAAAGCGGCGAUCAGGCUGUCGAAAACGACCGCUUUUCAGGAAAUCGGCGCAACCCUGUACACAGCGCCGAUCCCAGGCUGCGAAGACCUCCGUUUCGGGACCAACCCGUACUGGGAAUGCGUACUGAGGACGAUUCCCGUCCAGCUUCACCACCAGUGCUGCACGGCGAGGAUGGGCCGAAGUCCGGCGGAUUCGGUGAUAGACAACCGACUGCGCGUCCACGGCGUCAAGGGGUUGAGGGUCGCCGACGCUUCUGUGAUGCCGACCAUCACCGGUGCUCACACGAUGGCCCCUUGUUACAUGAUCGGUGAAAAGGCUGGUGACCUUAUCAAAGAAGACUGGGGAAAAUUCUGAUACCGCCCACGCUACGCCAAAGAACCCAAUCGACUAAUAGUUUGUGAUAUAAUUGACCAGAACAUUAUUAUAUACUGUAUCUUCGAUAUUUAUAAGCUAAUUUAUGUAAAUUUAGUAAACUAAAAUUACCAUA